AAGUCGCCUUUUGAGUACCGCUUCUGACCCAACCCCCUCUGCUCUACUUAAACACAAACCACCUCCACGACAAUCCCACCAUCUGAUCCACCGUUGCCCGCCCCACCAGCCUCGUCUCCACAGCGUAACGAUACAUAUUACCUCUUCUCCGUCGCCACCGCAGUUCCCACUGUUAGCCACGAAUGCUUCCCCCACUUUCGCCACAGUCUUUCGACGCCACCACUUUUAUGCUUCAAGUCAGAGAUGACGUUAUAGAGCGAACGUCACGUAGACACACUCAUCUGCUCAGCCUAGGAGGGUGACGGAAAGCAACGCAAACACGGUUCACUAAAAAAAAACACAAAAAACUCCUCCUGUCAGGUGUCACUGAAGGAAUUUUGUCAUUCUCGGAGGAGAUAAAAAAAAUCACAUUAAAGAGAGAGGGAGAAAAACUUCCGAGGACAUAAAACAGACGCUCUAACUAGCAAAAUGUCAGAAAGAAAAAUCCUGGUCGCUUUAGACGGCAGUGAACAUGCCGAGUAUUGUUUACAAUGGACUAUUGAAAAUAUAUUAAAAGAAAAUGAUUAUUUGAUCUGUGCUCACUGUCCUGAGCCCAUGCCUCUAACUACAGGUGACCCUGUUACAAUUAGUAACCAAUUUAAAGUAAUUGAAGAUGGUGUGCAACACCUCAUUGCCAAAUUUGCUGAAAUUCUGAAGAAAAAGUCUAUUAAGGGCAAAGUUUUAAGACUCACUGGCAAACCCAAGGAAGCAAUUAUUGCUGCUUCAAAAGAAGAGAAAGCAAACAUGAUUGUAACUGGUACCCGAGGGCUUGGAAUUGUAGGCCGUACUAUACUGGGCAGUGUUAGUGAUUAUGUGGCCCAUAAUGCUCAAAUUCCAGUUGUUAUUGUCCGCAAAGAGUAAUCAGUUUUUAAAUCAGUGACAUUCCUCUUUUCUAUUUUCUUUUACUUUUUUAAUCUUUUAUAGUACUAACUAAACUCUCUUUAUACAACAAUGCUUGUUACUUAAACCAGAAGAAAUUCUUGUAGUGUUUUCUGCCUGCUGCUUCUUAAUUUCUUUAAAAUCUUAUUUUACUUAGUAUUCACAGAAUAGUUUUGAUAAUUAGCUUAUGCAGCCAUGGAUUUCAUAAAUAUUUUACUCAUUUUUUAAAAACUUUAAAAAUUAUUCAGGUUUAUCUGUUACUAUUUGUUAAAGUAAAAAUAGUUUUUUAAGGGAGUGUUUAUAUAUAUAUAUAUAUAUAUAUAUAUAUAUAUAUAAUAUAUAUAUAUAUAUAUAUAUAUAUACAUAUAUCUUUGGAGCAAGUUGUCUCGCCUGUCAAUAACUUUUAGGUGUGUUAACACCUGGCACUUCAAGGGAGUCAUCCCCACCACACUAAACCGCAGCCUACUGGCAAAUGAGAAAAACAUGCAUUUAAUAUGUGUGGUCGAUAAUGUUUACAACAUUAGCGCUACUUCUAUUUCAUAUUUGAAUUCAUUCUUUCAUCAUCAUCAUGGCAUACCAGCAAAUGGUUUUUACACUAUUUGUCUAUAGUCAUAGACUGGCAAUUCCAUUUGCCUCUGAUUUGGUUCAGGUAUGUGAUGUUGAUAAGCCACAAAAGUGGUGAAAUUUCAAUUUCCAUUGCUCCUGAAUGGAAUUUGGGGUGUAUUGUUUUGCCUGUCUAUGACUUUCAGGUGUUUUAACACCUGGCACUUUGAGGUUUGUCAUCCCUAGUGGUAAACAUCCAAAGCACAUACACUGAGUGUGUGUGAUCGAUAAUGUUUACAAUAUUAGCACUACUUCUAAUUCAUAUUUGAAUAUAUAUAUAUAUAUAUAUAUAUUCAACUGCAGUCUUUUAUAUCAUUAUAACAAUCAUUUUCUUAACAUUUUCCCUAACUUUCUUUUGGUUUUCUACAUAUCUAAUUAUACUCUCAUAUGUUUAUUAACAGAAAAUCUUAAUAUCUCUUUGUGAGCAAGCAUUUUUAUGAAAGUUUCCAAUAACUAUUACCAAAAUGGAGAGAUGAUUUCAAGAGUUAUCAUCCUGUUGAACAGAUAUCAAAACCUUCAUUUGAAUUCUAUGAAUCCAUUGUUAGAAAUAUAGUUUGCUCAAUAGUUUUUUUUAAAUUUUAUUUUUUAUUGUUCAAUAAAAGAUAAUAAAAAUUUUAAUAAAUU